UGCGUGGUUGGAGCGGAGCCGGAAAGUUUCAGUGGGACUUUGGAACAGCCCUUUUUGGGGAGGGAGCGGGAGCGAGAGCGUGCCGCCGGUGGGCAUCUCCGGAGGGGGGGCCCUUUCGCUUAUCCUGACGCAAGAUGAGGAAGAGAGAGCCUGCGAGGGGGGACACCCCUCUGAGAAGAUCCACCCGCCUGCAGCAAGAGAAAACUUGGGAGCAGCCGCAGGUUUCAAAGGAGCCCCAACACUCAAAGGAAAGGAGCAUCACUGACAUUCUUCAGCCCCGUGAGAGUAUCAGAGCUCACAGACAAGUUAUCCCAACUAAGGAACCGUCACCUCCUCCUCCCUCCCAUGGUCCUCUGUUGCUAUCAGAGCCAGAAGCUCCAAAAGACAGCAAACAAGCCGUCUCGGAAAAAGACAAUCUAUUGCCUCCUGUUGUCAGGCUGAGAAGACUGGACAUCCCGCAGGAAGAGGAGUCUUCCCCACACCAAAACAAGCCCAAAGAGCCACGGGACCCGGACGUCGAGUGGGAAGUGGUGAAAGACCAGCAAGCCCGGCUGCGGGUGCUGGAGACCAGACCCCGGAGCACAGAGGAGAGGGCGACGGUGGAACAGGGGGCACCCAGCCAGCAAGGCAUGGUGGCAAACAGGACUCUUAGGCAGCAAGCCAGGGUGGGGCUUGCCCCUCGGUGGUGGGGCCCGGCGUCACAAAUCCAGGCCAGGAAGGAGUCUGACCCUCACAAGCUGCCAAGGACAACUUUGCCACCCCAAGCACGCAGCGAAAAAUGGACCAAGCGACUCUUUUCUCUGCCCAGUCUCUGCCUCCUCCUCUUCCUGCUCGUCCUGGGCUUCGCUUGCUGGUUCAUAUGGAGAUACGGAAGCCCCGUCUCUUUCCUGGGGUUGGCAGCAUAUGGGCAGUGGGGACUGAGCAGCAUGCCGAGGCUGUGGAGCGGGACGGAGGAAUGCACCACUCAGUGCAGCCUAGUGCUGGUGGAGAGCAUCCCGGGCAGCUUGACAUACCGACCAGAAGACCCUCGCCAUUUGAGUAUCUACCAGGCCUGGAUGGACCUUCUGAAUGGGGCCAACAGCAGUGUGGAUAUUGCGGCUUUCUACUUCACUCUCCGAGACUCGGAUAUUAAGGUGGAGGAUCCCUCUUCCCAGCAGGGCAGAGACGUGUUUGACUCCCUGCUGGGCCUGCCUUCUCGGGGGGUGAAGCUCAGCAUCGCUGUGAAUAGCCCUCAGAUGUCAGAGGACGACACGGAGGAGUUGGCCCGCCAAGGUGCUGACAUACAGUAUGUGAAUAUGAAGGACUUAACCGGGGGGAUCGUGCACACCAAGUUUUGGGUAGUAGAUCAGAAGCACGUCUACAUAGGCAGCGCCAACAUGGACUGGCGCUCCCUCACUCAGGUCAAGGAGCUGGGUGCUGUCCUGUACAACUGCAGCUGUCUGGCUCAGGAUCUGGGCCGGAUCUUUGCCAUGUACCACAUGCUGGGAGGAGAAGGGGUUUCCAUCCCAGCCACAUGGCCGGCCAGCCUUGCGGCAGAGUCCAGCCUGGAUCAGCCCCUGAAGCUGCAGCUCAACGGCGCCGGUGCAGAACUCUACCUCUCUAGCUCCCCACCGGCCCUGUGUUCAGCAGGCCGCACCUCUGAUCUCACAGCUAUUGUGCGGACGAUCGAGGAUGCCCAGGCCUUCGUCUACAUUGCUGUGAUGGACUAUGAGCCCCAGUGCACAUUCUGCAGUCCCAGGAGGUUCUGGCCCAUUAUCGACGAUGCCCUGCGUGCUGCAGCCUGUGACAGAAGAGUGAAUGUGCGCCUCCUCAUCAGUUGCUGGCCACACUCGCACCCUGCCAUGUUCGUCUUCCUGGAGUCUCUCAGCAUCCUCAGCCAGAAGCCACUGGGCUGCCCCAUUGAGGUGAAUCUUUUUGUGGUUCCUGGAGGGGGAGAGCGCCCACCCAUCCCGUACUCACAUGUCAAUCACAACAAGUAUAUGGUGACCGACCGCCUGGCCUACAUUGGUACCUCCAACUGGUCUGAAGAUUAUUUUACCAAAACCGCAGGGGUGGGGCUGAUCAUCAACCAGAGCUACCAUGACAGUAUUACGGCAGGCCAGGAAUUCACCCUGCGCCACCAACUGGAGCAAGUCUUUCUCCGGGACUGGGAUUCUUCCAAUGUUCUGCCACUCAGCAGUCACAGAAGUUGCACUAAGAAGAAUUAGGACAGCAGGUGGCGCCGCCCUGAACACCCUGCGGCGGAGAAGGC